AUGGAUCCUCGCUACUCCCAGGAUGGCGAACGUUACACUCCCCCUGGAUCUUCGUCAUCCUCCUCCACCACCUCAUCAGCCCGCCAAUCCUUCAACCGCUUCCGCGAGUCCGUCCCGGGCCGCGUCUCCACGCUGCGAGGCCAAAUCCAAGCACUGCCAGACCGCUUCCCCCAGGUAGCCGAAACAAUCCAAGCCCUCCCCGACAAGCUCCAGUCCGUCCCCUCCCGCCUCCAAACGCUCCCGGACAAGCUGCAAACCGUCGGCGGCUACGCCCAGGAACAGUUCGCCAAGCUCCCCGACCGCCUGCCGAACCGCCCGUCAUCGCGCAGCGUUUCGUCCUCGGCCCCAACGUCCCCGGUGUCGGACUACUCGACGACGUCGACAUCCUCCACGUCAGCCAUGGCCAUGAGGGCCCCCGAGCCGGAUGACCCGGCGUAUGACCCCGCGCUGGCGGCGCUGGCGGGCAGCAUCUUGUAUCGGUCCGGGUACGACCACGAGUCUGGUGGGCCCCUGUUGAUCCUUUGCGCGGCGAGCUUUCCGGAUGCGAAGCAGGUCGAUUAUAAUAAGCUUCUUCCCUAUGUUUUGAGCAUUAUCCCGUCCGAUGACGAGCUGGGUCCCGAGGAGCAGGGAGGGAGCUACUCGGUCGUCUUUUUCUCCGGCGGGGGUGGGAUGCCGGGGACGGGGGGUACUAAUAAUGGGGGUGCUAGUGUAUCUCAGGGAAAUAGGCCGUCAUGGGCAUGGACACUGCAAGCCUACAAUUUGCUAGGAAGAGCGGUGCGGAAGAGGAUUCGCAGGCUGUGGGUUGUCCAUGAGAAAGCUUGGGUCCGUAUUCUUUUUGAGAUGAUGGCCGGUGUAGUUUCUGUCAAGUUCAGGAAGAAGGUGGUCCACUUGAAUAGCUUAUCUGAUCUCGCAAACCAUCUCAACAUCACCAAUCUCAACAUCCCUCCGGUCGUGUACUUCCACGACCGUAAACUCUCUCAGACAAUCACCAUCCCUACUCCACCCCCGCCUCUUUUCGGCGCCCCGCCAUUCCACAAUGCUGCCAACCCACCUCGUAUUGGUGAGGGUAUGCCGCUCCCGCAAUUUCUCAUUGACACAUCACGCUAUGUACGCUCAAAGUGUUUACAUAUUGAGGGAAUUUUCCGCGUGCCCCCGAACUCUACUCUUCUCGACAUUCUUCGUGAGGCUGUGGACCGUAAGCAGUAUCUCAAAUUGGAUGAGUGGGGGCCUCACACAAACGCCGCCUUGAUAAAGCUUUACUACCGUUCUCUCCCGGAACCCAUAUUUCCGGCGGAAUGCUAUGAGACUCUCAUGUCCUUCACACCCGCGACAGCUGGCGCUGAUGAUGGAGAUAGGCUAGAGGAAGAGUACAUCUUCCCCAAGGUUAAAGAUCUUCUUGAAGGAGAAAAGGGACUUCCAAUGGCAAGUCGAGCUUUGUUGUUGAAACACCUCCUUCCACUCCUCGCGCUAGUAUCUCAAUAUGCGGCGAUCAACAAGAUGACGCCCAAGAACUUGGCCGUGUGUAUAGCACCUAGUCUUAUUAGGUCAGAUGACAUGGUAGCAGAUGCGAAGGCUUCCUCUGGUGUGCGCAAGUUCCUCGAAGUGGCCAUUGAGCGAAUUGAGGAGCUCGCCCCAAGACUUCCGGAGAGGCGCAGUGUGGGACACGGGAGGCACAGCUCUAACGGUAGCUCGAUAGAGUUCGGGAUUAAUCCCCCAACACCCACAGCCUCUCCGCCGCCUUAUGCAUCUAGGAAUGUGCAAAGAAAGAAGCUCCCUAGCCCAGAGAGAAAAGGGGGUGACGGUGGGGUCGGUCCUUCCAGGAAAUCAGUUGGCGAGAGCGCCCGUCCAUCCCUUGAUGGGCAAACACUGGUCGACAGAGAAGAUUCACCAUCGCCCUUAUCGUCUCCGCUACAAGCACCGAUACAACCCCAACCUGUCUUGACGCCGCCCCCUCCCGUAGUCUAUAGACGUGGCUCAACCCCCAGUACCUCUACCUUCACUCCCGGCGCCACGAUGCAGCCGCCACCACCACCACUACCACAACCACAACCACAGGAUCCGGACGCUGGCCCCCCUGGCGGAAUAGUGUUGCGCCGCAAAGCGAGUCUCCAGGCGCUCGCAGGUGGCAGUAGCGGUAGGGACGAAGGGACACUGUCAAGAGGUCCGUCAUCAUACUCAUCAUCCUCAAACCUAAGCCCCCACAAUGCACAACACCCAUUCCUUACCCGAUCCCUCUCCGUCUCUUCCUCCGCCCCGCCCAGGGUCGUGAGAAGAGCGGUUUCGUCCUCAUUCCUGCCCUCCACUACCUCGUUCUCCCCUUCUCCCCCCUCCACUGCCUCUGCCACCCCCAUCUCCUCUUCAAGCGUUGCUGCGAUCGCAAACUCUCUAAAUCGCGCUAAAUUCAAUCCCAACCAGAAUCUCCCCGCGACGAGCCUGCAGCGGGACAGCAUGAUCCCCACGGCGGCGGUACCGAUGGUCAGGGCAAAGACGGUAGAGCUUACAGCUGGGAGUAACAGGAGCCGCUCGGGCACGCUCGUGAGCCUCGGCGGCGGCGAGAGCCGGAGAGGCUCGGUUGUGGAGCGCAAUGUGCCGGUCGUGGGCAGCGCGGCCGUCAGGGAUUUGAAGGCGCUGUAUGAGGAGCGGGGUAAGACGGCGGAGGUACUGGUUAGGACGGGGGCGAGGGGGAGUGUGAAGGGGAGGUGGAAGGAGAAGUAG